GCGAGGGGGCGCGAUCUGGGGCGACGGGGCCGGGGCCCGAAGUGACAGCUCCAAGGCCCCGGCGACGCGCCCCUGCCGUCGUCUGUCCGGGAUGGACGAGGAGAGUCUGCAGACCGCCCUGCGGACUUAUGACGCCCAGCUGCAGCAGGUGGAGCUGGCCCUGGGAGCCGGCCUGGACCCCUCGGAGCUGGCCGACCUGCGCCAGCUGCAGGGGGACCUGAAGGAGCUGAUCGAGCUCACCGAAGCCAGCCUGGUGUCCGUCAGGAAGAGCAAGCUGCUGGCCACCUUGGAUGGAGAGCACCCGGCCCAGGGCGAUGCUGAGCACCUGACUUUCCAGGAGGCCCUUGCUGAGGGGGCGGAGGGGCCUGUAGCCCCCAGGGCAGAGCUGGAGACGCUUCCCGAAGGGGAGGCCAGGCCGGCACCCAGCAGGCUUGGGCAGGAGGAGGACGAGGAGGAGAGAGAGGACGAGGAGGAGGAGGAAGAGUGGAGUGGGAGGAAGGUGAAUGCCCCCUACUACAGCUCCUGGGGCACGCUGGAAUACCACAACGCCAUGAUUGUGGGCGCGGAGGAGGCGGAGGACGGCUCGCAGGGCGUGCGGGUGCUCUACCUCUACCCCACCCACAAGUCCCUGAAGCCCUGCCCGUUCUUCCUGGAGGGCAAGUGCCGCUUCCAGGAGAACUGCAGGUUCUCCCACGGGCAGGUGGUCUCCGUUGAUGAGCUGCGCCCCUUCCAGGCCCCGGACCUGAGCUCUCUGCAGGCUGGCUCCGCAUGUCUGGCCAAGCAGCAGGACGGCCUUUGGUACCCAGCGCGGAUAACUGAUGUGGACAGCGGCUACUAUACGGUCAAGUUUGACUCACUGCUGCUGAAGGAGGCCGUGGUGGAGGGGGACAGCAUCCUGCCCCCACUGCGCACAGACCCCACAGGGUCCUCGGACUCGGACAGCGGUGACGCAGAUGACCCCAGCUAUGCCAGGGUAGUGGAGCCCAGCACUGUGGACCACGGGGCCUGUAGCUCCGCCUUUGCCGGCUGGGAGGUGCACACACGGGGCAUCGGCUCCAGACUCCUUGCCAAGAUGGGCUACGAGUUUGGCAGGGGUUUGGGCCGGCAUGCCGAAGGCCGGGUGGAGCCCAUCCACGCUGUGGUGUUGCCUCGGGGGAAGUCACUGGACCAGUGCGCAGAGAUCCUGCAGAAGAGGACCAAGGGCAGCAAGGCUGGUGUCCAGAGGCCCCCGAAAUGCCAGCGGAGAGGGGGUGGACGCCCUCCCCCCCGUAGUGUGUUUGACUUUCUGAACGAGAAGCUACAGAGCCGGGCCCCUGGGGCCUUGGAGGCUGCGGGGGCCUCCCCGGGGCGGAGGGGCAGUAAGGAAACGUACCACGCCAGCAAGAGUGCCAAACGGGCCCUGAGCCUGCGGCUCUUCCAGACUGAGAAGAAGAUCGAGCAAGCCCAGCGGGACAUCCGGGGCCUCCAGAAGGCCCUUGCCCGAAACAGCGGCCGGCACAGUGUGACAGCAGCCCAGCUACAGGAGAGGCUGGCGGGAGCUCAGCGAGAGCUGGGGCAGCUCCAGGCCCAGGAGGCAGGCCUGCAGCUGCAGCAGAGGAAAGCAGACACCCACAAGAAGAUGACGGAGUUCUAGAAAUCCCGGCUACACACAGCGGACAGAGCUCAGGGAUCCAAGCUCCUGGCUGCCUUCUGGAAGACCAGCUGUCGCCCAACAACUGGAGGCCCCGGGGAAGAGGGGCCAGCCUGCAGCCAGGCCGCCCCCCCGUGAUCAGCCUUCUCGCUCACCACCCCGGGAAGAGGGGCCAGCCUGCAGCCAGGCCGCCCCCCGGGGUCAGCCUUCUCGCUCGCCUAGGGCACGUGGAUGCCACUGACUGGAGACAGGGCUGCGGGGCGCCUGCUUGCCCACUGAGCCCGCCCGCCGGUGUCUUAGGGAGUCUCCUUGGCAAGGACAUUAAAAUGUUGUGUUGUGAUGUCUUUU